AUGGCUACAGAAUCGAGAAAGCCUUUAGCCUCGUCUCCACCAGAUCAGGCUCCUGAAGAGGACCUUGUAAUCGUUAAAGUAGAGGAGGAUCAUGGUUGGGACCAGGAAUCUAGUCUACAUGAAAAUAACCCUCCUGGCCAAGAACUGUUCCGCCUACGCUUCCGGCAGUUAUGCUACCAGGAGACACUAGGACCCCGAGAAGCUCUGAUCCAACUCCGGGCACUUUGCCAUCAGUGGCUGAGGCCAGAUUUGAACACCAAGGAGCAGAUACUAGAGCUGUUGGUGCUGGAGCAGUUCUUGACCAUCCUGCCUGAGGAGCUCCAGACCCUGGUUAAGGAACAUCAGCUAGAGAAUGGAGAAGAGGUGGUUACCCUGUUGGAGGAUUUGGAAAGGCAGAUUGAUAUACUAGGACGGCCAGUUCCAGCUCGUACACAUGGACAUAGGGUACUCUGGGCGGAGGUGGAGCUUUCAGAAUCUGCACCAGAGGCUCCAAGUCCUCAGCUCCAACCUGUGGCAACCCAGCAUAAAUCUCCAGUGCUUCCAGGGCCACAAGAGAGAGCCAUGUCUACUUCUCAGACCAUGUCUACUUCUCAGAGUCCUACCCCUUCCCAGAAGGGAAGUUCUGGAGACCAGGAGAUGACAGCUACACUUCUUACAGCAGGGUUCCAGACUUUGGAGAAGAUCGAAGACAUGGCUGUGUCCCUUAUUCAGGAGGAGUGGCUUCUUGACCCAUCACAGAAAAAUCUGAAUAGAGAUAACAAGCCAGAGAAUUACAGAAACAUGUUCUCCCUGGGUGGUGAGACCAGGAAUGAGAACAGGGAAUUAGCCUCAAAACAGGUAAUAUCUACUGGAAUCCCACCACAUGGAGAGACAGCAGCCAUAUGCAACGGGGAUAUUAUCGGGGGUCUUAAGCAUGGAGAAGCCCGAGACCUCCUGGGCAGAUUAGAGAGGCAGCGGGGAAAUCCCACACAGGAGAGACGACAUAAAUGUGAUGAAUGUGGGAAAAGCUUUGCUCAGAGCUCAGGCCUUGUUCGCCACUGGAGAAUCCACACUGGGGAGAAACCCUAUCAGUGUAAUGUAUGUGGUAAAGCCUUCAGUUACAGGUCAGCCCUUCUUUCCCAUCAGGAUAUUCACAACAAAGUAAAACGCUAUCACUGUAAGGAGUGUGGUAAAGCCUUCAGUCAGAACACAGGCCUGAUCCUGCACCAGAGAAUUCACACUGGGGAGAAGCCAUAUCAGUGCAAUCAGUGUGGGAAGGCUUUCAGUCAGAGUGCGGGCCUUAUUCUGCACCAGAGAAUUCACAGUGGGGAGAGACCCUAUGAAUGCAAUGAGUGUGGGAAAGCUUUCAGUCAUAGCUCACACCUCAUUGGACAUCAGAGAAUCCACACUGGGGAGAAGCCUUAUGAAUGUGAUGAGUGUGGGAAAACCUUCAGGCGGAGCUCACAUCUUAUUGGCCAUCAGAGAAGCCACACUGGGGAGAAACCUUACAAAUGCAAUGAGUGUGGGAGGGCCUUCAGUCAGAAGUCAGGCCUUAUUGAACAUCAGAGAAUCCACACUGGAGAAAGACCCUAUAAAUGUAAAGAAUGUGGGAAAGCUUUCAAUGGGAACACUGGCCUCAUCCAACAUCUAAGAAUCCACACAGGGGAGAAGCCCUAUCAAUGUAAUGAGUGUGGCAAAGCCUUUAUUCAGAGGUCUAGUCUCAUUCGACAUCAGAGAAUCCACAGUGGAGAAAAAUCUGAAUCCAUAGGAGUUUAGGAAAAGCUUCAGCUUCAGUCAUAAGUUUGAGCAUUAUUCAACAUUAGAGAAACUAUGCACUGAUGAGAGGUCUUUCAGUGUACUAAAAAAGGCAGAAAGUUGUCAUUGUGGGAACUUUAUCUAAUGUCAGAAUCUAUAGUGGUGGCAAAGUUAGUAUAGCUCGUUAGUGGUUUGGCCCCAGUGCCUUGAGGCAGGUUGAUUAGCUUGACUAUCUUUGGAGGUGUCUGAUGGAGUGGAGCUCUCAAUGGCCUAAUGUAUCCUUUGAAAAUUUAAAAUAGCAUUAGAGCAAGUUUCUUAUCUUGGUUUGAGGCACCUCACUUUGUCUUUUGGUGAGUAGCUGUAGGUUUGAGAGGCUGCUACUCGUAGUUCCUUUGCUUCUUCCCAUCUCCUGUGAUCGAUCACCUUCUCCUGUUGAUUUCCCUGAAGGUACCCUUUUACUCCUAAUCUGAUCUAAGAAGCUGCUCUAGAGUUCAAAGCAGCCUAUGUGUGAGAUUUAUAUUUGUAUUUAGCUUUCUAAGAUCCUAGUUCUAGGGAAAUUUUUACAGAUAUAAUGUAUUUAUGCUUAGUGUGCAUUUUUUUAUUCUAAUGUUCUUUCUAGUCAGUGGAAAUCCAUAUUCCCACACAAACUCAGAAUGCUAUAUUUUUAACAGCACUCCAGCAUUUUUCUUAAUAUAUCACCUUCACUGACUCCACUGAGUCAUUGAGCAUCUGUAUAUUUCCUUCACCACCCCCAGUCCCAGUACCUGUGUCAGCAAAGGAAGUGUGGACGUAUUAGUGGUGGUUGUGGGAGUGAUACCAAGAAAGAGGUGAGUGGAGACUCAGCUCAGCUGCUCUUGAGCUUAGAUAGUUGUACCUUUUGGUAACUUCUGAUUCUCCUUCCACUUCCCCACUGUACACUGUGGUUCAAAUAGGUAUUUACACUGUCCUAGCUCUGGCAUCACACAGGAGAAAGGAGACAGAGGUGCUUGAAGAAGACAUAAAAAUCCUUUCAAAGAAUGUACACUCAUCCCUUUUGGCCCAUUACAGUACUGCUCUCUCAGGUUCCUAUCAACCUGCAGAAACUCCCUGACUGCAUAGUCUGUCACUCUUGUCAUUAUCUUGGACCCACCUCCUUCAGUGGUGUCAGCAGCUUGCUCAUCAUUCUCUGUUUCUUGCCAUUAGUUUAUAUAACUUUAAUAUCCACAAUGUUAUUGGUCAAAUACCUUAGCUCACAAUUCUCAUUCUGCAUUCUGGUGCAUUCCAUUUGUAUGUAAUCCACGUCUGUAAUCUACCAACAAAGACACACUAUUAUACACAUCAUCACCAGAUAAUGUAUUUCAUCUUUGAGGCUUUCUGUCUACCAAGGGAUACUGUAUAAAGUAAUGGAACUGACUUAAAGUAACAUGCCAGAGCUUAUGCAUCCAAUAUGGGUUGUCUUUUAAACUGGGUAGUAAUAGUUAAUCCAAAAUACUGUUGUUCCAGUAGUGCUACUAUCCCUCUAAAUAUUUGGAACACUCUUAGAAUUCCUGUU